CCUCCUGGGGCACACUCCGGUCUGCACUGGCAGCAGUAAUCCCGUUACCGACACCAACCGACAGUGUCAACCCAACGCGCCUCGCUAUUGGACGCAGUGGGGGCUGGACUCGCGCACCCCGCCAGCUGUUCUCCAAACGCAGGGAGCGCGUGUGGCCAGUCGCUGCUCGGUGCGCGCUGGAUAUGGAUCAGGACGCAGCGCGCCUCCCCGCUGUCUGCCGCGGACAGGCUGCACUCCGCGGCGCAUAAACGGCGUCCAGAUGAACCGCCGCCCUCCCGGCUCCUCCGGCGUGCAAUGGCUUAACAGGAGAGACAUGAGUGUCCGGACGGAUGACAGCAUCACCUUGUGCCAAAGGGCUCUGCAAAUCGUUACGGAGCUUUGUCUCACGGGACACGUCGACCGGGAGAAAUGCUCGGAUAUAUUCCCGCUGGAGAGCAACAUACUAGGUAAAGGACAUGCAGACAUCUCUAUUAGCCUCCUUGCUGUGGUCGUGGGUUUCUGUGGCCUCGCCCUGUUGGUAGUCUCUCUCUUUGUGUUUUGGAAGCUGUGUUGGCCCAUUUGGAGGAGCAAAGCUCUGUCGGCCCACGCCGAAAAUGGCCUCCGCGUGGGUUUUCCCGACGUCCCUCCGCCCAACUCCCCGGUGGUCACCGAGUGUAAAGUGGCGGAGUUGGAGAAGAAGUACCCGCUGGAGGUGAAGGUCAACGGCCGGAGCUCCGUCAAGCUCCUAGAGGCAGCCAUGAAGAUCAGCCAGACGUCUCCGGACAUCCCUGCUGAGGUCCAAACAGCCCUGAGGGAGAAGCUGAGCCAGCAGGCGAAGAUCCAGAGGCAGACCACUGAGCCAACCUCCUCCUCCAGGCACAAUUCAUUCCGCCGCCACCUGCCUCGUCAGAUGAAUGUCACCAGUGUUGACUUCAGCAUGGACACAGUGCCUCUCCGCCAGUCCUCGACAGUGAGCAUUGGAAGAAUAAAACCUGAGCUCUACAAGCAGAAGUCUGUGGACUCGGAGGACGAGGCCAAAGAGCCCGUGGAGACUUGUGGAAAGCUGAGCUUCUCGCUUCGCUACGACUACGAGGAGCAAGCUUUGGUGGUGAGGAUCCUCAAGGCCUUAGACCUGCCCGCCAAAGACUUCACAGGCACCUCCGACCCCUACGUGAAGAUCUACCUGCUGCCUGAGAGGAAGAAGAAGUUCCAGACCCGAGUCCAUCGCAAGAAUCUGAACCCCAUGUUUGACGAGACCUUCUCUUUCCCUGUGGUGUACGAUGAGCUGUGCAACCGCAAGCUGCACUUCAGCGUCUACGACUUCGAUCGAUUCACGAGCCACGAUAUGAUCGGCGAGGUGGUGGUGGACAACCUCUUUGAACUCUCUGAUCUUUCCAGGGAGGCGGUGGUCUGGAAGGAUAUUCACGCAGCAACGACGGAGAGUAUUGACCUGGGAGAGAUCAUGUACUCGUUGUGCUAUCUCCCCACAGCAGGGAGAAUGACCCUGACAGUCAUCAAAUGCAGAAACCUCAAAGCCAUGGACAUCACAGGCUCUUCAGAUCCGUACGUGAAAGUUUACCUACUAUGUGAUGGACGGAGGUUAAAGAAGCGAAAAACAACCACCAAGAAAAGCACACUUAACCCAGUGUACAACGAGGCCAUCAUCUUCGACAUUCCCCCAGAGAACGUGGAACAAGUCAGUCUGUCCAUCAUGGUGAUGGAUUACGAUCGGGUUGGACAUAAUGAGGUGAUUGGUGUGUGUCGCACUGGGCCAGAGGCUGAGGGUCUUGGACGAGAUCACUGGAACGAAAUGUUGGCUUACCCUCGGAAACCCAUCACGCACUGGCAUGCUCUGGGAGAGUGGCCCGGAAGAGCAGCAAGCUUUGAGAGUCAAGGUUCGUGUCCUUCACCCAAACCUCCACAGACUCCCUGAUGACCGCGGGGAGAGUCAUCAUCUCUGUAAGAAACCGGACGUUUGUUUAGUUUCUGAGAAGUUUUGUUGCCUAUCAGUCGCUUGAGAGCAUGUUGUAUGAAAACUAAAUUCAAUCCCAUAUGUUUCUUAUGUGGUUGUGCUACCAUUUUAUGUAUUCAUUCAAAUGCAAGUUUUUCCAAGUGCACUACAGAGCUGGCUAUGCACAGCACUCAGUCACUCAGUUCAAGAGUUAGUAUUUCAUACACUUGCUUUAAAAUUGUUCAUUUACCAACCAAUUACAACAUGAAUGGUAGGCCUCAUGACAGCAAGUCCUUAGCAACUCUGUCAAACAAUUCAAUAAUUUGAGCGACAUUUUUCUAGCCCUAGAGCUCUUUAGUGUGUUACCAUUUUACUCUGAAGUGGCACAAAGCUAAAGGGCUACACUGCUCAGUGCCAUGAACACAUUUACUCUGAAAACACUCAAUAAAUCCACUGAGUCGUGAUCCAGGUUUUAGUUGGAAAAAAAAACUGCAGGUAACUGAAGGGCUGGGUGAAUCUCUCAGAAAAUCCACCAGUCACAGCAGGACUCCUCUAUUUAGAGAAAAGUAGCAGAUACAUGUAGCAAACAAAUGUACAGCGAGAUUAACAACAAUCAAAUGAACGUGUCUUUGUAAUCACUUCAUAGUAAAGUUGUUCCUACAAACCCGCCUGAACCUUACAAAAACUUAAAAAUGACAAAUUCAAACUUAUUUUUGUACACACCAGUUCGAUUUAUGUUCAUGACUGGAAACUGAAGCAGUGUUGGUCAGAAAAAGCUGAAGCUAUACUUUAAAUUUCCCUUAUAUUGCAACUGAAAGUGAAGUAAAACUCAUGAAACACUGGUGCAUAGGUCAUGCUUUGGCUCCAAAUUCUCGGGAUAUCUGGGGUGAUCAUUAUUAUCUUUACCAACAACUACCUGUGGUAACUUAAUGGGCAAUAUUUCACAAUAUGGAAUCUAGUCCUGUCCUUUACUACGUAAGAUUUUAGGCUAACAUUAGCAGCUCUGUGCUACUCUGUUGAACUGGAUGAAAGUUACACCAGUCAGCCACAACAAUAAAACCACAGGUACAGAAAUGUUAUUCACUUUACCUGUAAAGGGCCUUCAUUGAAAUACUUUGAAAUUCAAAAAUUUCAGCCCUGGAGUGAUAUUGGAAGACAUUGCGAGGCUUUUGUACUUUUCGGACAUUAAAAUUCAAGGUCAGUCAAGUUACCAUAUAUGGUUCCUUACCUGGUAGUGAUUAAAAAAAUAUUCCGAGAAAUGUAUAUAUACCAUCACUUAGCACAACUACUCAACCGUAAAAUGUGUGUUUCGUCAACUAACCAUGGUUAGUUUUGAUGUUUCGACCUUAAAUAUGGAAGAGAACUGAGCCGCAAGUCCGUCUUUUUCCCAACUUCGGAGAAAAGAGAAAGUUUGAUACAUUCCAGGCCUCUGCUGAUUGGUCAAAUGUCACAAUGUAGUGUGCUGUGACAUAGAGUGAUCUCUGCUGAUUGGCUGGGUGGAAACUGCGUGCUUCACAGCCUCACUGAGAGCCGGGAUCAACGCCAUAUUUAUUAUGUGUGGAAGCUACCAAAUAUGAUUGCUUGCCCUAUGAAGGGUUAACAUCGUGCUAAAUGGCAGCAGGCCAACAUUUCUUGAAACCAAUGUGCUGAAAGAUGAAAAAAAUGAGCAGUGGAGAGAUCUUAGAGACUUUUACAGGAGUCAAAUUGGCAUUACGAUGAUGCUCCGGGUAAUGUUCUGCUGGGAAACCUAAGGUCCUGCAGUUAUGGUUAUUCUUCUUUGACAAGGACCACCUACAUAAGCAUUGUUGCAGACAAUGGGAAAUGAUUUGCACAUAGAUAGUCCUUUUCCAUCUUGGCAGUACUCAAAGCUGAAAGGCUUUACGAUGUUUUCUCAUUCAUCUACGGUGGCAGAGCUGCUUUGCAAGGAGCUGCUGUUAUAAAAAUGCUUGUAUGCAUCGAACCACCAACCUUGCAAUUAUUGGACGACUCACUCUUCCACCUGAGCCACAGCGGCCACAGUGCACAAUUCCAGCAAAGCAGCUGCAUUCUCUGAUGGUAGUGCAACAGACAGACCUUAUUUCACAAUUUUUUAAACCAUCUGCUGCUAACGUUUUGAUGCCUGAUACCACAAGACACCUUCAGAGGUUUGGUGAAGUCCAAGCCUCAAUGGGUCAGUGCAGUUUUGGUGGCAGGACAAGGAUUUAGUUAGGAUGGUGGUUUUAAUGGUGUGGCUGAUCGAUGAGUAACGGGCAAACAUGUUAUCUGUGAUAUUAUUAUAUUUGCCAAACAAACUGGUUUGUCCUCUUUCUAAUUUUAUGAGGCGGAAUUAAAAGUGAAGGAGAGGUGUUUAGAAGUACACACAACGAUGCAUAAAUCUGACCUCUGUCUUGCUUAUGAGCUCAUGUUUGGCACUUUAACAGACUACUUAAAUAAAACAUAGCUGACAUUUGUCCUUAAUAUAUUUUACAAACUAUAAAUACAUGACUAACUGGGCCAAUAUAGAAUUGUGGGAUUUUUUGUAACAUAGCUGAUAGGUAUCAUAGCUGACAUUUUUGCUGUUUUCAGGCCUAAAAUCAACAUGGCCGCCUAUAACUAAACACCACAUGGCAUUUUUAGAAAAAUAUUCUUCUACAUAUUAUAUAUACAACUGAGUAAAAUUGAAAUUGAAAUAUAUUUAUAAAAAUAUUAUAAUAGACCUGUGGACAUGUGCUAAAUCCACACUUGACUCACACACUACUUUAUAUUAAAUAACUCAGAAAGCCUUGGAGUCUUUCCGGUCUUUUCUUCAGGAGGAAAUGACAUCAUGUGGAGCAGGUCAUGUGAUUUGGAAUUAACACACUUCCUUGAGAGGUGUUUUUGUAAUGGGGAACUUAGCUGAAAGCGACACAAUUUGUUACUGUCCAUAUAAAAUUUGAUUUAUUGCCCAAAAAAGAAAUAUCUGUCAUGAUUAUCUCAACUUAAUAAAAAGAACGCAAUCAAAAGGGUUAGAAUACGCUCAUUUUAUUAUUGUUUAGCUAAUUAGUAGUUGGUUGUUUUAAAUUCAGACAGUUAUUUAGUAGACAUUUUAGUGACAUCCAUUCAUUUUUUAUUAAUAAGUGAUUUCUUCCAUAAUAAAUGAUUAUGGAAUUUGUACAGACAUGAUCAGAAAAACGUUCGCUUUUUAACGGUUUGUAAAAAUGUCUGCAAGUUUUAUCCCAUGGACUUCAAAAGUCCCUCAAUUAUAUACUGACCCAACUGGCUCUACACUGGAUUAAAAUAACAAUGCAUUGUCUUCAACAUGGAUCAUCAGUGUUUAAAGAUGCUAAAGUUUUGCUUGGGGACAUGGCCUCAGACUUCAGCAUGACCUCAUAUAUGUAGCAGUCGAGUGCAUAUGUAAGACCCCGACAGUAUGUUGACUUUUUAUGCUAUAAAUAAUAUUUAACAAGGUAGCUUCAGCUGGUAUUUCAGGUGACAAAAAUGAGAAGCUGGCUUUCUGAAAUCCAAAACGCACUGUUUAAAGAACUUUCUUAAACAUUGCUGUAUUGCCUCACAGUGGUAACAACAGCAGCUAAGGAGGAGUGAAUGUUAGCAAACACUUAUUUGCCAACAUAAAUCAAUGUAUGCAGUACACCAAUCUCAACAUAAACACUUGAGAGAGAAUAAACUCUACUGUACUCUUUUCCUCUGCAGUUGCAAAUUCAGGGAAUUAAAGUCCAUAAACUACACGUAAUCUAACAUUUGCAGAUGUUGUGUGUAUUUUUCCAUUGAGCCAUAUGAAAUUAAGUUCAGUGCUUCAAACACGAAACAUCGACUCAGCUUCUCCUUACUUGUGAGUAAUAAGAAAUCAACAUAGCAAAUAGAAAAAAGGCUAUGUACUGUUAUCUUACUUGCACAUGCAGUUAAUGAUGCUUUUUCCCUGCUCUGCCCUUAAUAUAAAAAAUAAAUCAAUAUUUUUACUCGUAGCAUGCCUGUCACCACUUUAAAAAAAAAUGUUAUCGAGCGAAAAUGUGACUAAUGAGUAUGUUAAGAGUAUUUGCAAUUUUGAUCUUUGUGUUUACAGUUGUAUAUAUAUACUUGUCGAUGGCACUGCUUGUAUAUACUGAAAAGUGAAAUUGAAGAAGUUGUCGUAAACUUAUGGAAAUAGAGACAUCACAAUGUAUUUCUAUUGUUUGGUGAUACUUUGAAAAAGCUCAGACUUGUAAUCGAGUGAAAUUUAUUCUGUGAUAAUUGUGAACAACUGGUCAAACUACAAACACAGUGAAGCCAACUCUACCUUAUCAAGUUAUUCCAUGUUUAGGAGUUUAGAGCUUUGAGCUGUAAUCGUUUGCCUGUUGGUUGAUUCUAUAUGGAGCAAGAACAACUGCAACUACUGUCAUGAUGUGUACAGUUUGUGAUAACUUUUGUAACAAUUUAAAGUAAACAUUUGAGAUAUCAUUUAUUGUAUCUGUUUCAUAUGUUUAACAACGUAAAUAAAAAAAACAGUCAUA